GUAGUGGAGGGGCUGUGGGGGAAGGCAGUGAAAGAGAGAGGUGACAGCAGAUGGAGCGCUGCACAGCCUGCAACACUUUGACCAGGGACAGGCAGAAUGUAGGUCUGCCUGCGUCUGCGUGCGGUCAAACUGUCACCAAGGAGGGACUGAGUGUGGGACAAUAACUGUGAAGCGUCUUUCAUGUCCUCUGGAUUGGAUGCUGAGAGCAGUAAUCCUCUUGGGAGGGGGAAAAGAGAGAAAAAAAGAGGCAGGGUAUGGGGCAGAGAGCAUGAGGAAGAAGAGGGAACUCUUCAGUGUGAUUUAAGGGCAGGUGCAAGCAGAUCUCUCAUGCACACAUGAACUUUUGGUCCUGUCACAUGUGCGCAACAGAAGAAGGACAUUUUUGUUUUAGUUUCACCUUCUUCCGUUUGUCUUUUUUCUUAUUCUUUUUCUUGUUUGAGAGGAACACAGUGUCCUGUUUUUUUUUGGGGGGGGGUAGGUUUCUAAAGUAAGAGUGUAAGGGUUGACAGCUGUGGAGGCGCAGACAGAGGAACCGUCUAUGGUGAAGAUGAGUCUGGACACCGUACAGGUGAUGAGCGGACAGGUGAAGGAGCUCAAAGUUUCCCCUCCGUUCAACGGAGACGCCAGAGGCUCCUGGGAGGGGAAAGAAGGGUUCGACCCCAACCAGCUGGAGCUGACCACCAAACCGAAGCCGGUGACAGGCAGACGGGCCCGGAAGGUGGAGGGAGCCGUGUUCUUCCCGAAGCCAGAGAACGCUGUGACGGUGGCCGUCUCUUCCCGGGUCUUGUUUCGGACCGAGCGGGAGCAGAAGGUGUUCGAGCAGAAAGGAGUGGAGGAAUACCUGAGGUACCAAAUCGAACACGAGAACGAGCCUUUCGCGCCGGGACCUGCUUUUCCUUUCGUCAAGGCCCUGGAGACGGUCAACGCUCGCCUGAGGGAGCUUUAUCCCCAGAGUGAAGAACUGUUCGACAUCGUCCUGGUGACGUACAACCACGCUCACGUUGGGAUCCGGCUCAUCAACACCAUCAAUCACCACAACUUAUUUAUCGAGAGGUUCUGUAUGACCGGAGGAAGCAGUCCGAUUGGCUACCUGAAGGCCUGGCACACCAACCUCUACCUGUCUGCAGACGCCGAGAAAGUCAGGGAGGCGCUGGCUGAAGGCAUCGCAGCAGCGACCAUGUUCAUGACGGAGAAGCUGACCGAGGUGUCGGAGUCUCAGCUGAGGGUGGCGUUCGAUGGCGACGCCGUCCUGUUCUCUGACGAGUCCGAGCGCAUCUUCAAGACCCACGGCCUGGACAAGUUCUUCGAGCACGAGAAGGAAAACGAGGACACGCUCCUGGAUCACGGUCCCCUGAAGGGUUUCCUGGAGGCCCUGGGGAAGCUGCAGAAGAAAUUCUACGCCAAAGGUCAACGCCUGGACUGUCCCAUCCGCACGUACCUGGUGACGGCUCGCAGCGCGGCCAGCUCAGGGAUCCGGGCGCUGAAGACGCUCAGGGCCUGGGGGCUGGAGAUCGACGAGGCGCUGUUCCUCGCCGGAGCCCCCAAGGGCCCCAUGCUGGAGAAGAUCCGCCCGCACAUAUACUUCGACGACCAGAUGUUUCACGUGGAGGGAGCGGCGGAGAUGGGCACCGUCGCCGCGCACGUUCCUUACGGGAUUGCACAGAAAUAUAACAGCCAGCAGAAGAUGAGCUCAGGAAAGUAAAAAAAAAAAGAACAAAACAAAAAGAAACUCGAUAGCAACAAAGACUGGGGGGUGGAUAUUCUGGAGUGGAAGAGAAGCUUAACUUAUACUGUUAAAUGCUCGCAAAAUGCUCUGCGGUCAAGGAGAGGUCUGGAAACCGAGGUGACCUGGAAGCCAACAUGACUGUCCCCUGUUAAAGCCAACGCCUUAGUGAGCCGUCUGCUGGGGACAUUUAGGAGAUGUUGCCCUGCAUAAGACAGCAAGUGUUUCAUUGCCGCUACAAAUGCACUAUUUUUCACUCUCCUCCUUGGCUUGCUGAGAAAACAAAACCCCACCUCCACAAAGAUGCAAAGCAUCACUGUAAGUAAACCCUAAACCCAAUGUUAUUGAGCUAUAAGAACAAAGCCGAGACUGUUAGAUCACAUACAGGGUAACUAUGUAACAGAGAUAUACUGUAGCAAAUUUGUAGCAACAUAGAAUGCUGGAAAUCAUUUUGUAACUUUGAUUUCAGAGAAAUGUAAUAUAUAUAUAUACAUAUUUGUAAACUACAAUGACGUGUUGGGACCACUGUCGAUAGAAAAGAAAAGAAAAUUAACUAGUACAUUUUCACCAAAAAACAGAAAUAUGGAGAUCAAUCUCAAAAUUUGAUCUCCUUGAAAGUCAAACAAAUUGCCAGAAAAUGUUCAGAGAAUUUUGAGGUUAAGCACAGGGAUUUUCAGGGAAAAGCAAAAAAGUUUGCUCGCCACAUUUUCUCUGAAAUUUUUGAGAGAAAAAAAGACGUAAAAAUUUCUGUUUUGAAAAUCUUAACAUUUUCAAGUUUUGUAACUCAGAAGUCUUCUGAGGUCUUUCUGAAAAAAAUCGAUCUCAAAAGUUUUUUCCAGCAAGCCGGCGAAAUUUCCGAGUUUUUUUUCUCAAAUUUCAGAGAUUUUCUAGCAAAUUUUUGACUGUUCAAACUCAAAUUUUCUAGUUUUUCUACAAAUUUGCGUUAAUUCGGCAAAAAUCUUGUUUUUUUUUUCUGUCUACAAUGGCUCUAACAUGCCGACGCAGUAAACUGAAUGCAACUUCUCUUGUGACUCCAAAACAACUAUAGAAAGCCAUAAGUCUCAGAUGGUGCCUUAAGAAUGACAGUUAUUAUUAACCAACCCUGUUUCAUAUGUAAUGUAUAAUAUAUUAAGUACUAUUUAAUGUUACAGUACUCCUAAUCCCUGAAACCUUUCACAUUUUGUCACAUUACAACCACUACUUUCAAGGAAGGCAGUAAUCAGAGAACCAGCCCAUGACAAUAAUGGAGGAGCUGCAGAGAUUCGCUGCUCACUUUGGAGAAUUGGUCCUUCACUCCUGGGAUCUGGCAUUUACAGGAGAAUGAAAAGAAGGCAGCCAUUGUUGAACCAAAGCUACGAUUAAAGUUGUUCAAAGUUUCAAACAAGUCAUGAUGGCAGACAGAAAUUUAGAAAAGUGCGCUCUGGUCAGAUGUGAUAUUCAGACUGUAUGUGUGAAACUUAGUGGCGGCAGCAUCAUGCUUAGCAGGAAGCGGGUCCGUUUGCCAAAGAUUGAGAAUCGUUGGCAAAGACUUAAAAACCGUUCGUAAUCCCUCCAUCCAACCUCAUUGUCGUUUUUCAAAGAUAGGCGAGCAAAAACGUCAGUCAGUUUCCAGCUGUGUGAAGCUGGAAAAGACGUGACGCUUUCAAUGAAAGAAUGUUCAACAGGUAUCAACACAUGUGGGCUGGAUAUAUAUCUCUUACUCAAUUUUAAGGUUUUUAUCUGUUGAAACCUCAGAUUUAUUUUCUUCUUCUUUGUUGUUUGUGGUUGUAACGUCACAAAAUGUGAAGAUGUUGGAAGGCUGUGAGUCCUGAUGGAACGCACUGUGAUAUGAUGGAAUGUAUUGCCCUGAAAAUGUACAUUGUUGGCCCUUUUCCACUAAUAUCCACUCGGCACGGGGAUAGAGUCACUGGUUGUGACUCCUAUACAAUAUUCCUGCCAAUAUUGCUGUUUUGUGAAAACUCAAAACAUCAACUGAGUCCAUUAGGAGGUUUAAGCUCAAUGGCAGACUUAGCAGAAAUGUUCAACAGUUUCCAUUGUUGUGUUUUUCUUCUGAAGUUUUCUGUCUGUGGGUCUGAAUAACUACAUAACAAACAACCCACUACAGCUGAACUAUGUAGAGUUUAGCCAAGCUGAGCUAUGUUGCUAGGUGCUAGUGGAAAAAGGUCGUACGAUGCUCCCGAUUUUUUUUACGCUAGCCUGCUUAGAAAAAAGUUAAUUUGUUGGUGUAGCUUUAGACUUAGCUACAGACCGCUAACAUCCUUAAGAUUGUCAAGAUUUCCUGAAAUGUCUUUUAUUUUUUUCUGAGUGCCUUUAGUUUCAAACAAUGCUCACACGUUUCCCACCCAGAUGUGGGAAACAUUUCUAAGCAAACCUAAACACAAGCCAAUCAUUAGCUUACCAAGCUAGCAUCCUCUUUUCAUGUCUGAAGCCAAGCCAGGGCUAAUAUGCAACUGUAGAUAAAUAGGACUGUAAUCAUGAUUUGGCUGAAUUGCUUGAGCAAAGUCGUUUGUCAUUGUGUCAUCAGCUCUGAUAUUAACAAUACACAGACAACCUAAUGUUUUCAUUUGCUACUGGAAGUCAGAGUUUUGAGUUUCAUAGUUAGGAAAAUCAAGUUGAUUCACCCCUAACUUUGAAAUUGGGACAUUGCGAGGUUUUCACCUUUAAAAUCAGUCUGUAAUUAAAGUUUAACUUUAUGUUAGUAGAUUUCUUAGUUGUUGUUCAAGUAAGACCAGAACAGCUAGCAUUUCCUGCUGGUUGUCCAACCAGAACACAGUUAUCCUGAGCGUAGCAGCAUCCUGAGAUCUGACCUCUGACUUCCAUGGUAAAUGGGAACCGUCACGCUAGUUCUGCCCCCUGAACGUAGCUCGACGCAACUUCCUGCAGCAUUAAAUGGGCAAGCACAACCAAGCACUUAAAUGUUUUUGUUUUUCCAAAUGUGCGAAAGAUCUUACCUGUGUUUUGUUGCAUUUCAAUAAAUUUCGAAAAUACA